AUGCCACCUAUGCACUCGCUUGCGGGCUGAGUCAAAUUUGAAAAGGCUUGCAUCAGAACGUAGUAGACAUACUACAUCGACAGCCAGUCUUCUUUUUCGGUCUCACUGGCAACGACUGGCAAUUUUCCACUAAUAGAGACACAAAGCAUCAUGAAUCUGCUUGAGACUUACGACUGUGACGGCAGCUGCGGCCCACCGCCGCUAACUGCAGAGGAGGAGGAAGUGUUUAUGUCGGGAUUUGUAACUCCACUGAGCCAAGGCAUAACUUCGGGGGUGCCAAAUAGCGGCUUGAAAUACC